AAAGCCAUCACUAUAUAUAUUAGGGUUUCCUCCUUUCUUUCUUUCCCUUUCCUCCUACUACUUGCAGAAGAUAAGAAUAUAUCAGCAGAUCUCGAAGGGCCAACCAAAAUGAGUAGAGGAGGAAGUUAUGGUGGAGGACAAAGCUCCUUAGGCUACCUUUUUGGCUCUGAUGAGAAACCUACUCCGCCUCCUGCCUCGCCGAUGAUAAAUUUGCCGCCCUAUGGCAUAGAUACUCCCAUCACCGAGAACCCCCCUGAGAAUAUUCAUCGAUCUCCUCGGAAUUCCGAGAAGCAAGCUGGAAUUAACUCCAACAACUAUCAUAGAGCUCAGGGUCAGAAUUCUGGGAACUUCAUAACUGACCGUCCAACGACCAAGGUUAAAUCAGUUCCAGGGGGAGAUUCAUCGCUCGGAUACUUGUUUGGAGAUAAGUGAUGGUGGUCCUAUCUUCCCUCAAAGCAUAUAUGCCUACCCAGAUCGACUUCUGAAAUAAAAUAUGAUAAUCAUACAAUAUAGCCUAGUUAUUUACGCUUGCUAGAAGGCAUAUCAAAUCUCUCUGUUGUAUAAGCUUGUGUUUAUGGAAUUAAUUUGAUGUUCCCAGAUAUAGAUAUUCGAUUGAAGAAACCGUACUUGUUCUGCAGUCUGAUAUUAUGAGAUAGAUGUUAUACGUCUCUAAUGUCCUAUCCAAAGUAGCAGGAGGAAAAGCGUCAUCUGUAAUAUUGUGUCUGACUGGGAAUUAUUGAUCGAUUUUUGCAUAAUCCUAA